AUAGGAUUUAUAAAUUGUUAUGGUUUUUCUUUAUAACAGGUGGAGAAAUAUUUUUGAUGGUUGAGGAGAGAGCAGCUGUUGGAUUUUAGUUGUUAACUAACUCAACUGCAAUCUUCAAAUUGGUCCAAUCAUGUUCUGUAAGAAGUUGAAGAGGGAAAAUAAUGAUUUCCCAAGAAAAAUUAGAACUCUAAAUUUAGUAAGAGAUGGUUUGAUUAUGAGCUUGGAAAUUUAUUAAUCAAUCCACGAUAAAAACAAGAACUUUCGAUUACCAGAAGGGUGGAUUCAAAUGGGCUAACAUAAUAAUGCCAAAUUGUCCUUCAGGACUCGUUUAAUUGCCGUCGAUAUUCUUUCUGAAUCCACUGUUUGGGUCGCAGGAAAAAACUUUUCUUUCUUUGCGAGAUUCCUGAAACCUUGUGGUUCUGAAACAAUGCAUAUUUCUCAAUAUAAAUCUAUUGUAAAUGUAAGCGCAGAAUGUUUUGAUUACGUUAGUGGUUCUUCUGAUGGAAUAUGGAAUGUAAAACAUGGACAAACAAUUCUUCAACAUCCCUUUUUUCGUUUUCAACUUCAAUUAAUUGCAAUGUACACUGCUGCUCAUUUCUUUCACUUGUUCCUCAAGCGUUUUGAUUUCCCCAGGCUCACCUCUGACUUCCUGGCUGGUGUGCUUCUGGGACCAACGUUUAUGGAACGAUUUUUUCCUCAUGCAUCAGAACUAUUGUUUCCUCCAGUACCUAAUCAAGUGAUGGCUUCAAUGAUCAAGAUUGGAUACAUUUUAUUCACAUUCCUAGCAGCAGUGAGAAUGGACAUAAGCCUGGUGAAAAAAUCAGGCAAAAGAAUUAUCAUUCUGGGGAUUCUUAUAAGUGCAUUCCCUUACAUAACAGUACGAUCUCUAACAGUAAAGUUUGAUCGAGACAUGACGGAAGCAGCAAAGGGUUCUAGGUUGAAUAAUGCAGUUUUGUAUUUCAGUGCAUUCACCACAAGCGAAUUCAUUGAUGUUAGUGCUCUUCUCCUACAGCUUAAGAUCACAAAUUCUAGGUUGGGACAUCUAGCUUUGGCGACAACUUUGGUGUGCGAUGUGGCAAGAAUUUGUUACGACAGUACUGUGAAUUCUGUGAUGAGCAAACUCAUAUUUACAACUUCAAUACGAGCUGUGGUUCUGAGCUUUGCGUAUCUGAGUAUUUUUCUGGCAUCUACGGUUUUAGUAGCACAGAGAUUGAUAUUGUGGUUCAUUAGAUCAACUCCACCAGGGAAACCCAUCAAAGAUCUUUAUUCUAACUUUGUGAUAGCAGCUGUUUUGGUUUCUUCAUGUUUGGGUGAUUCUGCAGGGCUUAAUUAUCUUAUGGGUCCUUUAACUUUGGGGUUGGUAGUCCCUGCAGGUUCUCCAUUAGCCACAAAUCUUACAUCAAAGCUUGACACUGUCGUUUCAGGUUUGCUUAUUCCUCUCCUCUACAUAUUCUGCGCCUCCAAGUUUAAUUUGUGGGUAUUUCUCGCGCAUUGUAAUGAAGCUCUCAACUUUCAAAUGGCCAUUAUUGGCUAUGCAAUCAAGCUGGUAGCUACUGCUUCCUUGAUCAUCUUUAUGAUGAUAGAUUUCAGAGAUGCUAUUACUCUUGCUCUCAUCUUAAAUUUCAAAGGCCCUCGCGAAAUGGGAACAUUUUAUAGCUAUACCCCAAUUGAGCAAAAGGAUUUGGACAGUGUCAGUGGAGUUUUCUUGAUAUGUUUGUUGGCGUCAAUUGUAGCACCAGUGAUCAAAAUGCUCUAUGAUCCAAGCAAGCAUUACAUAGGAUAUAAGAAGAAAUGCAUCCAAUAUGCUACAGAUGAUGCACCACUGAAUCUAUUGGUCUGUGCACACAAGCAAGAAGAUGCAAUGGCUGCAACCAAGUUGCUAGAAUUUUCAAAUCCUACAAAACUGAGUCCAUUGGUAAUUUAUGGACUUUGCUUGGAAGAACUUCUGGGAAGUGACACCCCUUAUAUGAUCAACCACCAAUUAGGCCAAAGACGCUCCCAUUCUCAGGCUUCUCGUUCACUACCCAUAAUAGAUGUUUUCAACUAUUUCAUGGUAGGAAACAAAAAGGGUGCUCAAGUUCACGUCUAUACAGCAGUAUCGCCUAUAAAAAUGAUGCAUGAAGACAUCUGUUGGCUAGCAUUUGACAAGACAUGUUCACUGAUUAUACUUCCAUUCCAUAAGAAAUGGAACAGCAAAGGGAAAUUAGUAUCAAACAGCAAUGAGUUGAGGAAAAUGAACAUUAACGUACUUGAAAGGGCUCCUUGUUCUGUAGGGAUUCUCAUCGAUCGAAGUAGAACUCGUGGCUUAUCUUCCAUUUUCUCAUCAGCAAUGGUUUGUCGUGCUGGUGUACUAUUCAUUGGAGGUGCAGACGACAGAGAGGCAUUAGCUUAUGCCUUGAGGAUGGCAAAAAGCCCAAAGGUUCAACUAACAGUUGUGUGUUGUGAAAUUCCUGAAGAAAGCUACCGAGAUAAAUGGGAGGAAACGCUUGACAUCGAAUCAUUAACAAGUAUGAGACAUGAAAUGUCGAUAAAUGGUAAUAUCCGUUACAUAGAAGAGACGGUGACCAAUGGGUCUGAUACAGUGGCUGUGGUUCGAACAAUGGAAGAAAAUUAUGAGCUUGUAAUUGUAGGACGUCUCCAUGAAACAAAGCCAGAAGCAAUGUCUGGGUUAUCAGAAUGGGCUGAGCUGCCAGAGCUAGGGGAAAUAGGGGACCAGCUUGCCUCUGCAGAGAUUGAAAAUGAAGUCGCAAUUUUAGUGGUGCAACAACAAAUCUUGAAAGCAAGUCAUAGCAGUAUUUUAAAUUAACCAAAUAAAUAGGGGUUGAGUUGCCAUAUUCAAUAAUUUCUUUUUAUAUGUGCAAAAUUUUAAUAGACUCUGAUGCAAAAUAACAUUUAAGAGUGAUAUAAAUAGUAGGGAAAAUAGACUGAGAUGCCUAAUAACAUUAAGGCAAAGUAGAAAAGAAAAAAGUAGCUUGUGAUUUUGCAUUUUGAUAUUUAAGGGUAUACAAAUCAAUUUGUAACAAAAUGAUACCUUAAAUUGGCAUUGAUAUCUCAAAUGAAAUACCAUUAAA